UCUAAUCACAUAGAUAACAUCACCCAUCACCACCACAUAUCGAUAAAAAAUCAGUCAUGGCUUCUCCUUUGUAUCCGUCUGUCUUAAACAAUCCUUUAUCUUCAAUUGUGGUGACACGAGACGAGUUCAAUGCUUUUCACACAAUCGACAGAACCUUGUUCAGUCGUCUUGUCUUCAAUCUAAACCGAGACGUUGACCAGUCGUUUCUAGCCAUGUGUUUUCUCUUGUUCCUCGAGCAAUCCAGUUAUGCCCGCGACAUAAUCGCGUACCUUGUCUCGUUACCAAACGCUUUUGUCGACGCGGUGGCUAACGAAAUCGGUGUGUGUAUAAAUUUGUUAUACAACGUAGAGUUUGCAUCAACGUUCUUCGCUGCUGACAACGAUGAUAACUCCAUGAUACCAUUGCUCUUACGUAUUACUGGAGGAAAGUUUACUCUCAGAUUGAUCAACCAACAACGCAAAAACUUUUGCGCUGGAGUGACAAAGAGUUGGACCGAUGUUUGCACUCGAGCAUUCUCAGAUUUAUGCGAGACAGCUCAUAGGAUCAACAGGGAGAAACAAUUGGCUUUAGAGAGAGAGAAAUUCAUAGAGGAUAUGAAGAAACUCAGGUUGAGUCUCCAACAAGAAAAAUCUAAUAGGUUAAGUGUACAACAAGUAAAAAUUGCUUCUCCUCCUCCUCCUCGUCCUCAUCCUCCAGUUGAAGACGAAACAGAAAAGGCCCUUAGAGAGAAAGAGACAAUGGAGGUAAAAGAGAAGGAAGGUGUGCUGGCGGCAGAUGAUCGGACGGUUUUCCUGACGUUUUCAAAAGGGUAUCCGAUCUCGGAAGCGGAAGUAAGGGUUUACUUCACUAGGAGAUUCGGGGAAGUGAUAGAAGCGGUAGAGAUGCAAGAAGUUGAAGCAAACGAGCAGCCAUUGUUUGCGAAGAUGGUGAUGAAACUGCAGUGUGCGUCGAUGAUGGAUGAGAUUGUGAGUGCGAGGUUUAGAAACAAGUUCACCAUCGAUGGCAAACAUGUUUGGGCUCGUAAGUACGUUCGCAAGAAUCCUUAUCCAGCUUCAUCCUCUACUCAUUUUUGAGUGUUUCUGAACUUCUUAUUUACAUGUUGUGCUUGUUGAUGUUGUCGUUGUUGUUGUUUAUCUAAUAAAAUUGUGUCGUCAAUCUUAUUAUUGUGCUACACAUUAAUAUAUGUUUAAAUUGGCGAGUACAAUUACUUUUUUACUAGUUGGUGUUAUUUUUAUAUAUUUUGAAUCAUACAAUGUUUGAGAAAUAUAACGCCG